AAAAACUUCAAGAAGUCAAGUUUCAUGUGAGCAUGAAAUUUCACCACAAGAGUUCUCCGCGAACAAUUUUCAACCAAUCUAAUUCAAUGCUCAACUUUACGUAGCUAAUAACACAGACAAGCAUGUUGAAAGAAAUCAAGCAUGACUCCCAAGUUGUCAAGAAUUCACAAGAACGGGAGGUGUGCAGAAGUGGAUGAAAUUCUUCCCGAUGGCUUUGGAACGAAGAAGGGUGACGGACUAUACUAUAUGGCAUAUGCCAUGGGUAGGAUGCCUUACAUUUGGGGAGACGAUGCCGAGGAUUUUCGGCCAGAAAGAUGGCUCAACAAUGGGAUUUUCCAACCUGAAUCACCAUUUAAGUUCAUAGCAUUUCAUGCAGGUCCUCGGAUAUGUCUGGGCAAAGACUUCGCGUACCGGCAGAUGAAGAUACUAUCAAUAGCCCUUCUUCGGUUCUUCCGCUUCAAAUUGGCUGAUGACACAAGAAAAAUAACUUACAGGACAAUGUUCACACUUCACAUUGAAGGAAGUCUGCAUCUUCGUGCUAUUGGAAGGACCAAGUCAUGAAGAUUAAUUAUGUCAAGCAAAUAAUUAUGGCCUGGUGAAUCUUGUUUGUACUGUAUACGUUGAUACACAUAUCAAUUAUAAACAACUGUGAUUUCUAUCGGUAUGUUAGCUGCAGCUGUCUCACUACUUUGUCACCUUGGAGAUAAAAUUUGCGAGGAAAAUUUUCAUAUGUCCCUUUUUCCUUUUCUAAACUAUGUGCCCCCAGCAACAAGCAGCUUGAAUUUAUCUAAUUAUCGUUAUCAAGCUUUAAUUUA